AUGGGAAGGGCUCCUUGUUGUUCCAAGGUUGGUUUGCAUAGAGGUCCAUGGACUCCUAGAGAAGACACAUUACUCACCAAGUAUAUUGAAGCUCAUGGUGAAGGCCAUUGGAGAUCCUUGCCAAAAAAAGCUGGCCUCCUCAGGUGUGGGAAGAGUUGCAGGCUAAGGUGGAUGAACUAUCUAAGACCAGACAUAAAGAGAGGCAACAUAACCCCCGAUGAAGAUGACCUAAUUAUCAGACUACAUUCACUUCUUGGCAACCGUUGGUCUCUCAUCGCCGGUAGGCUUCCGGGUCGAACCGAUAAUGAGAUCAAGAACUACUGGAACACCCAUCUUAGCAAAAGACUCAGAAACGAAGGCACCGACCCAAACACCCACAAAAAAUUAUCUGAGCCGAUAGCCAGGGAAAAUAAAAGGAGAAAGAACCAAAGAAGCAAGAGCAACAACAAUAAGAAGGAGAUGGUGAUGACGAAAGACAAGAACAAUAAAACUGCCCAACAUGUGGAGCCACAAAAGCCUAAGGUUCAUCUCCCAAAACCUACUAGGUUUACUUCCUUUUUAUCCCUACCAAGAAAUGACAGUUUUACUAGUAGUACUACAGUUACUACUGGGUCUUCAAGCCAAGACUUAAACGGAGGGGGGGGGAGAGGAGGAGGAGGAGGAGGUUUUGGUGUUAAUACUUGGUGUAAUAAUGGUGGGCUUGUGUUUUGUGUUGGUGAUGAAGAUCAAGAUCAUGAUCCUAUUAAUUCUUCAGCUGAUGGCGGUGAUGAUCAUACGCUUGAAAAUCUAUAUGAAGAAUAUCUACAGGCGCUUCUGAAGAUAGACCAUCAUCAUGAUCAUCAAAAUCAACUUGAAUUAGAGUCAUUUGCCGAGUCACUGUUAAUCUGA